CUGCUUCUCAGAACACAAGAGACCAGCUCUUCAGUGGCACCCACUGGCCUUCUACUGAUUGCACCUCUGUUUAUACCUAGUUCUUCAUCACCAGAUCUAAGCUCUAGCAGUAAACUGACGGCUAGCAGGAAAAGCACUGGUCAGCUGAAUGUCAAUCCCGGGACUCCUGGCGGCAACACAACUGCAGAGCGGAGCCGGCACCAAAGAAGCUUCUCAGUGCCCAAGAAAUUUGGUGUUGUUGAUCGAUCCUCAGACCCGCCUCGAAGCGCCACCCUGGACAGAAUUCAAGCUUGUACCCAACAAGGCCUUUCCUCAAAAACCAGAAGCAAUUCCUCCUUGAAGGAGAGCCUCACAGACCCGUCCCAUGUAAACCAUCCCACCAACCUGCUGGCCACCAUCUUCUGGGUCACGGUGGCCCUGAUGGAGUCUGAUUUUGAGUUUGAAUACCUGAUGGCCUUAAGACUCUUGAACCGACUGUUGGCACAUAUGCCGCUGGAGAAAGCUGAGAACCGAGAAAAGCUUGAGAAACUCCAGGGGCAGCUCAAGUGGGCGGACUUCCCGGGGCUGCAGCAGCUGCUCCUGAAGGGAUUCACCUCUCUCACCACCACAGACCUGACCCUGCAGCUUUUCAGCUUGCUGACGCCAGUGUCCAAAGUACCCAUGGUGGACUCAUCCCAAGCUAUUGGAUUUCCGCUGAACGUCUUGUGUCUCCUGCCCCAACUGAUCCAGCAUUUUGAAAAUCCCAAUCACUUCUGUAAGGAUAUAGCUGAAAGGAUUGCUCAGGUUUGCUUGGAAGAGAAAAACCCUAAGCUUUCCAAUCUGGCUCACGUCAUGACCCUUUACAAAACACACAGCUACACAAGGGACUGCGCCACAUGGGUCAGCGUGGUCUGCCGCUACCUUCAUGAAGCCUAUGCUGACAUCACCUUGAACAUGGUCACCUACCUGGCAGAG